AUGGCUCUCCGCCGGCCAUUAACGCUUCCGAGGCACAUACUGAAUGGAGCUUGUUCAGGCGUGCGAUCAACUGUGUCUCGCACCGCUCUGACUUAUGUGCAGGAGCAGAGGAAGGGGCUUGCAACAGCAGUUCCCCCGGUCACUCAAGAUGCAACUGGGUCCAAGGGCCCCACGGCAAUGGUCUUCCUCAACAUGGGUGGGCCAUCAAAAACUGACGAAGUGGAAGAUUUUCUGAGCAGAUUAUUCGCCGAUGGCGAUCUGAUUCCUCUCGGACGACUUCAAUCCUACCUCGGGCCUCUCAUCGCUAAGCGCAGGACUCCAAAGAUCCAACGGCAAUACUCGGAUAUUGGUGGAGGCUCGCCGAUCAGGAAAUGGUCCGAGUAUCAGUGCGAGGAGAUGUGCAAAUUGCUGGACAAAAUCAAUCCCGAAACGGCUCCUCACAAGCCUUACGUCGCAUUCCGGUACGCCGACCCUCUGACGGAGGAAAUGUAUACAAAGUUAUUGGAAGAUGGGUUCGGCAAUGGGCGAGGAGGGCGCGCUGUCGCGUUCACACAGUACCCCCAGUAUUCGUGUUCCACAACGGGUAGCUCGCUAAACGAGUUGUGGAAAUGGAGAACCAGGCUGGAGGGUAGGCGUGCAAAUGGCGACAUGCAGCCCUCCGGUGCCCUCCAGUGGAGUGUCAUUGAUCGAUGGCCAACGCACCCUGGCCUCGUGGAGGCUUUCGCUCGGAACAUUGAGGAGCAGCUGAAGACCUACCCGGAGGAGAAGCGGAACGGUGUCGUUCUCUUGUUCUCAGCCCACAGUCUGCCUAUGAGUGUUGUUAACAGAGGUGACCCUUACCCUGCUGAAGUCGCUGCAACUGUGCAUGCUGUCAUGCAAAGAUUGAAUUUCAGCAACCCUUACCGACUGUGCUGGCAGUCCCAGGUGGGACCGUCAGCUUGGCUUGGAGCCCAGACUAGCGAUACGGUCGAGAACUAUGUCAAACGUGGACAGACCGAUAUUAUUCUAGUCCCCAUUGCCUUCACCAGCGAUCAUAUCGAGACUCUGUACGAGUUGGACCUGGAAGUGAUUAAGGAAGCAAACUCCCCGGGAGUCAAGCGAGCUGAGAGUUUGAAUGGUAACCCCAUUUUCAUCCAGGCACUAGCAGACAUUGCCCAAAAGCACCUCCGUAAGGGAGAGAAGUGCUCAUUACAGAUGACUCUGCGCUGUCAAGGUUGUAAGAGCGACCGGUGCCUGGAACAGAAGAAAUUCUUUGCUGGUGAGAAAAUGUCUUCUCUUGUAGUUUAG